AUGGAGAGAGGGGAAUGGGACAAGACAUUGCUGAUGGAGUUCCUCCUGCUGGGACUGGGGGAUGCUUGUGAGCUCCAGACCCUUCUCUUUCUCCUCUCUCUGACCAUGUGUCUGAUCACAGUGACCAUGGUUGGGAACAUCCUCAUCAUUGUGCUGGUGGUCAUAGACCCGCAUCUCCACACACCCAUGUACUUCUUCCUGGUGAAUCUGUCCAGCCUGGAGACCUGCUCCAGCUCCACCAUCCUGCCCAGGCUGCUAGCCAGCUUCCUGACUGGAAACAGGACCAUCUCUGUGCAGGGAUGUACAGCACAGUUUUUCUUCUUCGGAACUUUUGCAACUUCUGAGUGUUACCUGCUGGCUGCCAUGUCCUAUGAUUGGUAUCUGGCUAUAUGUCAACCCCUGCUUUACGCAAGGAGAAUCAUGUCUUUCAUAUCAUGCCAAAGGUUCUGUGGCCCCGGUGCAAUUGACCAUUUCUUUUGUGAAGAAGCUCCAUUGCUAGAACUCUCCUGUGGUGACACAUUAUCUUUCCCAGAUGUAGUUUUCCCAUUUCUCUUCACUCUGGCAUCCUAUGUCUGCAUCAUAGCUCCCAUCCUGAGGAAUCCAUCCAGCAUGGGGAGGCACAAGGCCUUUUCCACUUGCUCCUCUCACCUCACUACAGUCAUUGUUUUCUAUUGGACCCUCAACAUUGUCUACAUGCUGUCCAGAACAGUGCCACUGAGGCAGCUCAACAAAAUGUUCUCCUUUUCUUACACAGUCCCCACACCUCUCAUCAAUCCACUCAUAUACAGUCUGAGGAACAGAGAGGUCAAGGGGGCACUGGGGAGGGUGCUCAGGAGGGCUGCUGCCUGCACUGACAGCUCCAACCAGGUGUGGAUUUCAGGGCACAAAUCUAGUUCUCCUGCAAACUGA